AACCUAUCUAAGUAGCUUAAAUUAGCCGAAGAGGCACUGCUGAAGAGAAAUUUUUUGUUUUUCCUUGCCUAUUUCUAGUGCUGAACUGUUCGAAAUUUGUUUCAAAUUUGCAGUCUUCGAGUGGCUCAAACAUCGAUCGAAGCUAAUACAACAUGAAUGAACCACAGGGAGUAAGCUCUCUCCCUCUCCCUCCAAUGAUGUAUAUUGCUAACUACACUGAUGAGCGAGUACUCAACAAGACAACGCCUAAACCUCCUCUACCCGUACAAGAAGCGUAUGGAAUGUUUGGAGCCACAUUCGUUUCCAAUGAUGAUAUCAUUCGUCCUCUUGAGUCGCAGGGUUUGAAGCGUCUUCAUCCGCAGCGGUUCGACCACAAGAAGGAGCUAAAGAAAAUCAACCAUUCCAUUCUUGUGAACUUCCUUGACCUCAUAGACACACUUAUUGUCUGUCCGAAUGGACCAAGGAGAGAGGAAAAGUUGGACGAUAUGAAUCUCCUCUUCAUUCACAUGCAUCAUUUGAUCAAUGAAUUUCGUCCACACCAAGCCAGGGAAACACUGCGUGUCAUGAUGGAGGUGCAGAAACGACAGAGACUUGAUACAGCAGAACGUUUCCAAAAACACUUGGAGAAGGUGACAGAGAUUCUUCAGGGGUGUUUUAUGUCGUUACCUGAUAACGUUGAGAACAUUGAUAGCAAAGUUGCUGUCAAGAUAGAACCAGAGGCAGCUGAGAUGAUGGCCAGAGUAAAAGGAGAUGAUGUUGUUGUCAAGAGAGAAGUUGAAGAUAAGGUUGAAAAAGAAAAGAAUGAAGGAUCUCGCUACAAGGAUAAACUCAUGUGUGAUCUUAUUGAUGCACUCUGAAUAUAGACAUUUUUUUUGUUGGACAAAGAUACAUAUUUGAAUAUUUUGUUUUGUACAGUGCAUGAUAGGAGUGCAUAAUAUUUAUGCUGUUCCAAAGGGCAUUUCUUCGACUCCAGUAGUGUUUUCAGAUGCUUGGGUAUCUUCUAGUUUUCUUACUUUUCUAGUUCCCAUUUUCUGGGUCAACUCGGUGUGUUGGCCGGUGUGUUGGCUCAGUUGGUAGAGCGUCCGUCUCACAACCGGGAGGU